GAACAAGUAGAAGAAGAAGAAGGAAAACUAAGUAGAAGACGGAGAAGCGAUCUCAUGGGGAUUUGCUAGCAUGCAUCUUCACCCUUGUGGUGAUAUUGCUAGGAUCAUGGUCUCACGUAGUAGAAUCAAGGACUACAUGCUUCCAUCCUCCUCUUCAAGGUGGCUGCAUACAAGUUCCCAUCAAGCAAAGAUGUGUACAGCGGGGAGAAAAGAAAGAACAGAGAACUCUUUGAGUUUCCAGCAAGAGAGAGAGACAAGCACUGUCGGCAGCAACAUCAGCCCCUCUUUCUUGCAAAUCUCGAAAAUCCAACGGUGGAGAUUCCACUCCACCCAUCUGACCCACAUCAUGCUGGACCACCACCACAGCUCCGCUCUCCUCCUCUUCAUCUUCUGCUCUGCCAUCUUCAUCUCCGCCCUGUCUGACCCACAUUGGCAUCCCGCCACCCCCACGUGGUACGGCAGCCCCGACGGAGAUGGCAGCGACGGUGGGGCAUGUGGGUACGGAUCGCUGGUGGACGUACGACCGUUUAAAGCGAGGGUGGGGGCCGUUAGCCCGGUUCUAUUCAAGGAUGGAAAAGGUUGCGGGGCCUGCUACAAGGUCAGGUGCUCGGACAGGAGCAUCUGCAGCAGGAGAGCCGUUACCGUUAUUGUUACUGAUGAGUGUCCAGGUGGCUUUUGCGCGUUCGGUCGUACGCAUUUCGAUCUAAGUGGAGCCGCUUUUGGACGGAUGGCGAUUGCCGGUGAAGGUGGCCCGCUCAGAAACCGAGGCGAGAUCUCGGUCAUCUAUAGACGGACCCCAUACAAAUACCGGGGAAAGAACGUAGCCUUCCGUGUGAACGAAGGGUCCACUGAAUACUGGCUGUCCAUUCUCGUGGAGUUUGAAGAUGGAGAUGGAGAUAUAGGAUCCAUACACAUAAAAGAAGCAGGAUCCACUGUAUGGCUAGAUAUGAAGCAUCUAUGGGGUGCAAGCUGGUGUAUUAUUGGUGGGCCACUACAAGGACCUUUUUCAGUGAAGCUAACCACAUUGUCCACACAAAGAACUCUUUCUGCCAGAGAUGUUAUACCAAGGAACUGGUCUCCAAAGGCCACCUACACCUCACGUCUCAACUUCUUCUAAUACAAUAAUACCAUCAAUUC